GAUGCCAACAGCAUCUCUAGGCUCUAGUCUCUACCCGUGUCCUGUUCCAUUCCAUUUUCUAGUUACUACACUCUUCUCUCCUCACCGAUGGAGACGAAGCACACAGGGUAUUGCCGUACGAUGGAGGAAGUCACCUUCGACUGUGAUCUCAUUCAUUCCAUUUUGAAGCGCUUUUGGACAUUGCAAGCACUUGAGCGCGAAAAUGUUGAAGCCAACGACGCCCCGGACUCCGAGGUAGGAGUUGGAACAUCCAAGAAGAAUCGGACAACUUUUGCUAAUGCCAAUGCUGUGAAGCUUACGUCUGAACUUCUCCGUAUUUUUAUCACAGAGGCUGUUCAACGUGCUGCGGCUAUUGCAGAUGCAGAGGGUGCUAGUCAAAUAGAACCUACUCAUUUGGAGAUUAUUCUUCCUCAGUUACUUUUAGAUUUCUAAAGCAUUUCAAAUACUUAUAUGUAACUUCUACUUCCCCUAUCAUCAAUAUAGUAGAAAGAUCGUUAAGCUUUUAUGCUGCGAUAUCAGACACAAUAAUUCUUUCCAGGGGCUUUUAAAGAGAAAAGGGCUGCGGUGAAACUGUGGAGUAUCCUCACAGUUAUUUCUUUCUGUUACUUGAAGCUUUCUAACUUGUCUUGCUCGAUUAACGAAUCUACAGCAAAUCAGCAAUUAAGAUUUUCA